AUGGACUCUUCUAAACCCGUCUUCCUUGCUCUUGUUGGUAUUCUGAGUGCGCUUUGGAGACAAUACCAAAUCCGUACUUUCCCGACAACAUUUCAACAGGACGCCUGGACUGGAUGGCUCAGUUGGACACUGUUAUACUUCGGAUUUCGGGUCUAUACCUCCAAUCGGCAAGCCCUUGUCGAGGCAUCCGAGUCAACCAGCAAAGCACAUGAUGGGUUCUGGUCAGAACAUCUUAAAGUAUUCGCCUUGACUGUGGCUGGCGUUGUUGCUCUGAUUGUUCAAAGUCAAGGCGUGUCUCCCUUUGUGGCCCCUCUGGUCACUCUAGCUACUCUUUCUUUAAAUGCGAUAGCACCACCGGACCAAGAUGCAACAUAUUUUCUCGGAGUGGCUGAACUAAAGAACGAGCAAACUGCCCAGAACACCGCUUUAGUCGACCAAACCUGUUCCCGACUACACAUUCGCUUAUGGCUUCCUAUAAAUCUCAUCCUAUUUCUGACCCUGGCUGGCUCAGUAUCUUACGAGAGUGCCUUGAUUUCUGUUGCGGUAACAAACAGCAUCCUGUUCUUGCUGGCCCGAACGGCCAUAUUCACCUUGCUUCCGCGGAUGAGCCGAAUUAAUGAUUUGCCACGUUCCAAAAUUGAUAUUCCGGUUGACUGGAAUCUACUCUCAAAACUGUCGCGGCUUUCAGUUUUCUCUUACACCUGUCUCCUCGGUUUCUCAAUUCCCGACUUAGUUGCUCCAAGCCCGAUAGUCCUGCUCAAUGCAUUUGCCCAAGCCGCUUGGUGGUUUGCUGUGCUCAUUUUGAGCGCCGCACGACAUCCAGCCACCGCCACCAACAUCGAAACGGUCGCUACGAGCUUAGAUCUGCAAAUCAGCAGCGAUCAACAGCUGAGUGUUUUUUUGGCGUCUAUAUCUGCCAUUGGUGCGCUCUGGCACACGGUGACAAGCAUUACCCUGAACCACAAAUAUCGAAAUUGGUUGUACCUGCUGAUCUUGGUUCCGUUGUUCAGCAAAGUCAACCUUGGCGGAUUUCAGCAGGAGAAGAGCUCCCCCGAAGAGGGUUCAACGGGACUGCAUCCGAUUGAGAGCAUCGCUCAGCAGGCUCGUACCGAAUUCCUAAUCUUGCAAGACAAGCAGUCAAAGAAUUUGGACCAGGCAACCAAAGAAUAUGCCCGGCGGUAUGGAAGAUUACCGCCUCCUAAUUUUGACAAAUGGUUCGAGCUCGCAAUGCAACAUGAAUUUCCUUUGGUGGACGAAUUCGAUGCCGUGAUGAAGUCACUUGAACCUUUCUGGGGAGUUCCCCCCUUGACGUUGCAAACACUCAGCCAAAACGCCAUAGCACGAAUUCCGGAUGAUCUGGCUAAGUACGAGAUUCAAAACCACAAGGUAACGGUGACUCGGGGAGAUGGGGCCACUUGGGUUCGAGAAUCUAUGGCCGGGCUGCUUCCUAAGGAGUGGGCUGCCUUACUCCCGAACAUGACCAUUGGAAUCAACGUCAACGAUGAGCCAAAGGUUUCCGUCCCUCGGGACAUGCUGGACGAGGCCAUGGGUCUGACUCGAUCACACGGCUCUCAUCAGCGACUCGCCCAAGAUGCCGACCGACAAGUUCCUUGGCGAUCUCCGAGAUUUCUAGACAUCGGACAACAGGACGCAUGGGAGUCGAUGAUCGUAUCAUGUCCAGCAGAUUCUCCCGCAAGAAACCAAUUCUGCCCGUCAAACCCCACCGCAGAAUCCCUUUUCUUCAUUCGCAAUCACACGCAGAGCAUGGAUGUAUGUGAACACUGUGAACUUCAAAAUUUGGAAGGAUUUCUCUUCUCGCCAGAGACUCUUCGACUCACCCAUUCCCUCGUCCCGAUUUGGUCACAAGCCAAAAUCUCUUCGUUCAACGACAUCAUCUUCCCUAGCUCAUAUUAUAAAUUGAGACGGGCCGACUAUGUCGAAAGAGAUGACCCGGACUGGAAACGCAAAGACAAUAAGCUUUACUGGGUGGGCGCGUCGACCGGGGGACACCAAACGGAAACCAACUGGAAACAAAUGCAACGUCAGCGUCUGGCUCUCCUGACGCACAAUAAGUCCACGGAACCAAUUCAGCUUCUCCGUGAAGAAGAAUCGGGGAUCUGGAAACCAUAUAAAUCAACCAUGUCAGAGAUCUCUUCACUGUUUUCGACUCGUGUUGUGGAACUGGCACCGCAAUGCGACAAAGCGGCCUGCGAGGCUCAGAAGGCCGCCUUUGAGAUCGGAGAGAAACCUUUCAGAGACCCAGCCGCGGCAGCGUACGCACACAAAUUCCUCCUAGACGUGGAUGGAAACGGGUUCAGCGGUCGAUUCUACAAGCUUCUGCACUCCAAGUCGGUGGUCCUUAAACAGACUCUGUUUACAGAGUGGCACGAUGACCGACUUCUUCCCUGGGUCCAUUAUAUUCCUGUCAGCACGAGCUUUGAAGAAUUACCGGAGCUCAUGAGAUUCUUGGCCACGACCGAGAAGGGUGAGGAGAUCGCAUCUCGCAUAGCCCGAGAAAGUCGCGAAUGGGCAGCCAAGGCAUUGAGAGAUAUCGAUUUGUCUCUGGUCUGGCUACGGAUGCUCCUGGAGUAUGGCCGACUCACCGAUCCGUCACGAGAUUUUUCGUGA